UCAAAACAUUCAAAACAUAUCAUCAAAUAUAUCCCAAAAGAAAAAAAAAUGGCCUCAUCACGAUUUUUAUCAUUAGUGCUCUUAUCCAUUGUCGCGUCCUUAGCCUCCGGUGAGUCCACGACGUCAUUCCCCGACGACCAUCUCCGCCUCCCAUCGGACGGCCACCGGAGAACCGAGGAGGAGGUGCGGUCCAUGUACAUACUAUGGUCCGCGAAGCACGGGAAAACUUACAACGGCAUCGACGAGCAAGAGAGAAGGUUCAACAUCUUCAAAGACAACCUCGGAUUCAUCGACGAACACAACCACAACAAGAACACGAACGCAACGUACAAGCUCGGUCUGACCAAGUUCGCCGAUUUGACCAACGAGGAGUACCGGAGCUUGUACCUAGGGAUGAAGAGCGAGUCGGCCCGUCGAGUCGCCAAGGCCAAGAACGUCAGCCGGAGAUACGCCGCCGUGAACGGAGAGAUGUUGCCGGAGACGGUGGAUUGGAGACAGAGAGGGGCCGUUAGUCCUGUCAAAGACCAAGGAACUUGCGGAAGUUGUUGGGCAUUCUCGACGAUUGCAGCAGUAGAAGGGAUCAACCAGAUAGUGACAGGCGAGCUCAUAACACUGUCCGAGCAAGAACUUGUGGAUUGCGACAAAUCGUACAACCAAGGUUGUAACGGCGGGCUCAUGGACUACGCGUUUCGGUUCAUCGUCAAGAACGGUGGGUUAGACACCGAGCAAGACUAUCCUUACCGUGGCGCCAAUGGAAUCUGUGAUCGUUCUCGGAAGAAUGCAAAGAUUGUGAGCAUCGACGGGUACGAGGAUGUUCCACCGUAUGACGAGAUGGCACUGAAAAAGGCCGUGGCUCAUCAGCCCGUCAGUGUAGCCAUUGAAGCCGGUGGCAGAUUUUUCCAGCACUACCUUUCGGGAGUGUUCACGGGAGAAUGCGGUACAAAGGUGGACCAUGGCGUGGUGGCGGUGGGGUACGGCACGGAGGACGGUCAGGACUACUGGCUCGUCCGGAACUCGUGGGGUCCACAGUGGGGCGAGAACGGCUACAUCAAAAUGGAGAGGAACUUGGCCCGGUCGAAAUCUGGUAAGUGCGGGAUCGCAAUUGAAUCUUCGUACCCGGUUAAGUUCAGCCCGAACCCGGUUCGUGAUUCCAAGACUAAGAUCAUCAGCAGCGCUUGAGCAGAAAACUAGCCAGCCAUUUGCAAUUCGAUUAAAAUUUAUAAUCAUAUGAUUGUUGUAUGUAUAAUCAAAGCAAAACACGUACUCGUUGGAAAAGAUAGCUUCGCGAUAGACUAUGAAGUCUGGCUGUAAGCGAAGCAUUUAUCACUCUGUAUUGAACUCAAUUUCGUUAUAUCAUUAAUCAUUUAUAGUA